GCAUUGUGAACGCCUACUGAAAAAUGUAAAUAGAUCGGAGAUAAUGUGAACAAUAUUAUAUAGCGACCACCGUCGAUAGGUUGUGUAGUUUCAGAAAUCAACAUGUUUGUUUCAGCACGUGUACUUGUCUUAUCAAUAUGGACAACUCUCUUAUAUGGGGCUUUAGCUUCUCUAGACAGAUGUCCCAGUAUCUUCCAUCGCAUCGGAGGAUAUAAAACUGAAAAUGGAGAGAUGUGCUAUACAUUUGUCAACACAGAAAAGACAUGGGUUGAUGCUAAUAGACAGUGCUGGUCCUGGGGUGGAGAGCUGAUCUCUAUCAAGAACAUGAAUAAAAUGAGUUUUGUGAUACACACCCUGAACUCAGUCUUGAGGUGGAGAAAUAACGGGGUGUGGAUCGGGGCUCACGACAGACAUGGCCGGGGUUGGCAGUGGACCAAUGGGGAGAGGCUGAGCUGGGGGUAUUGGGCCUCUGGACAGCCCAGUAAGACGGGGGGAUUCAUUUCGUUAGAGGACUGUGCCCUGAUGAGACGAGGCGAUGGCUGGAGAUGGCAUGACUAUCAUUGCGAUUCUUCAUUCUUCUACACGUACAAAUUCAUCUGCCAGUUUCGGAAGCUGCCUCCAACUACAACCACUAGUACUACGACUAGUACUACAACCACUCCUAGUACUACCACCACUAGUACAACCACUCCUAGUACUACCACCACUAGUACUACCACUGUUAGUCCCACUCCAAGUGUUAAUCUGACCAAAACUGUCGGGGCCAAAUCUAACUUGACCGUUCAGGCUGUGGACUUAGGAAUUAAGUUUGACCACACAAAUGUUAAGUUUCAGGAGAAAGGCAUUAUUGCAGGUAAAUAUUUAAUCUAUACAUGUACACAUUAUACUACUGCUGAGUUUAGUAUCUUACUGGGAGUGGUACAGGUAAAUACAAGUAUUGUCAGGUCAGUACUGGGAGUGAUACAGGUAAAUAUAAGUAUUGUCAGGUCAGUAGAUGGGAGUGAUACAGGAAUUUUAGCAGGGAUUAUUGUUGGAGGAGCUAUCCUAAUUUUGAUAGGAGCCAUUGGAACUCUUUUGUUAAGAAGGAGAAGGCAGAAAAAAUUUGAGGAACCAUCAGUCCAGUUCCAAAAUCUAGCCUACUCACGAGUGACCAGUGGUGGACAGGACGGGAAUAUGGCCAGCAAUGUUUACAUGGACACUAAUGAGAUGAAUCGUCUGUAUGAGGAGGUAAACAAACAAGUGAAUCAUGGUGUGAACUGCUUCAGUGGAACUGUGCUAGACAUUCAGGUACCGAGAUCUGAGUCCGAGGACCAGGAGAACGCCUGCUGCGGGGGAAUGUCAGAGGAAAGUGAUCUCAAAAAGCUAAAUAACCUCACUCACGUGGUUAUACCAACAGACACCAAAAAUCCUCCUGACAUAACUGAGAACCAUUACGUAGAUAUGAGCACAGCAAACAAAGCAAAGGAGACAAAUCGCCUCAUGGAAGCCAGUCGAGUGGUGGAUCCUAGCAAACCCUCAAACCUGGGGGUGGAGAGGGAACCCAUGCCCCUCCCAGUAUAUGCUAACAGUUUGGAGAAUCUUCGAGAGGGAACCCUGGAACUGACCAGCACAUUGUCAUCACAGUCACAGGAGUCUACGUACAUCAACAGAAGGGAGGGGUUUGAGGUGGAUGAAGAUGGGUACAUGAGUCCUAGAUCCACCCUCCACAGUGACAGUGACACAGAGUUAAUGGGGGCAGAUAAAGACCCCCUCUAUGAUGAAAUUCGUUAAAUUCAGAGCAGAUCUUACAUGUAAAUUAAUGUGUUCUCUUAAUCAGUUGACUGUUAAAUGUUUGGAAAAGCCUUCCUAGUUUGUUUGAAUAGAAAUAUUGAGAGGAAAAAUAUCUGAAUUUAUUACAAUAUAUAAAAUAAAUUUGUAAGAAUGAAAUAUUAAGAACUAUGAUAAAUGAAUUAUGCUGUUUUGAGAAAUCACUUACAUCUACUGUUCAAAUUUUAAAUAUCCGUAUCAAAAUUAAGCACUUAAGUACAGCAUUAUUUGAGAAAACUGGUAUGUAAUUUGCAAAACAUAUUGGCACAUGAGAGGAGCUUAAAAAUUGUGAUUGGGAUGCAUGGUUCAUGUGUAACAGUGUAAAAAGUUAGAAAUUUUGACUUGUCAAUGAAUUUUCCUUUUUUAUGCUAAUUUGGUAAGUAUAGUUGUUAAUAAAUUUAGAAUUGG